AUGGAAUUUACAGAGGCUUACAAGCAGACGGGACCUUGCUGUUUCUCCCCAAACUCUCGUUACGUCGCCGUCGCCAAUGAUUAUCGUCUCGUGAUCCGAGAUACUUUUUCGUUCCAGGUUGUGCAAUUGUUUUCUUGCUUAGAUAAGAUAAGCUACAUAGAAUGGGCCCUUGACUCUGAGUACAUUCUUUGUGGCCUCUACAAAAAGCCGAUGAUUCAAGCUUGGUCAUUGACACAACCAGAAUGGACUUGCAAGAUUGAUGAAGGUCCUGCUGGUAUUUCAUACACUAGGUGGAGCCCAGACAGCCGCCAUAUACUCACAACCUCGGAGUUUCAGCUGCGGUUAACAGUUUGGUCCCUCCUGAACACGGCGUGUGUUCAUGUUCAAUGGCCAAAGCAUGGCUCCAAGGGAGUUUCGUUCAAUCAAGACGGGAAGUUUGCAGCAAUCUGUACACGGCGUGAUUGCAAGGACUACGUAAACCUCUUGUCUUGUCAAUCAUGGGAGAUUAUGGGUAGCUUCGCUGUUGACACCUUGGACUUGGCUGAUCUUGAGUGGUCACCUGAUGAUAGUUCUAUUGUAGUCUGGGAUUCGCCUCUUGAAUACAAAGUUCUAAUAUAUUCUCCAGAUGGUAGGUGUCUAUUUAAGUAUCAGGCAUAUGAAUGUGGACUUGGUGUGAAGACUGUUUCCUGGUCUCCAUGUGGUCAGUUUCUUGCCAUUGGUAGCUACGACCAGAUGUUACGGGUCCUGAAUCACCUUACUUGGAAAACAUUUGCUGAGUUUUUACACCUAUCUACGGUUCGUGCGCCCUGUUGUGCUGCUAUUUUCAAGGAAAUCGAUGAACCCUUGCAGCUCGAUAUGUCUGAGUUAUCGUUGGAUGACAACUUUAUGCCAAGCAAUUAUGAUGGUUCGGAAGGCUAUAUUAGUGUCAGGUAUGACGUCAUGGAAUUACCGGUGGCUUUGCCUUUCCAGAAACCUCUCGCAGACAAGCCUAACCCAAAACAAGGAGUUGCAAACGACAGUGUUUGGCUUGGAGUCAGGACUCCCAGUCAUGCUCUGUUUCUAUGGGCGAGUGGGUCUGAAUUGACAACAGUCCUGGAAUCUGAUCACAUGCCCAACAAGUUCAUCCGCAAACAGCUAAAGGCAAGAGUUGGCCAAAGUGAUACCAGCAAUGGAUCAGAUAAGCUAUGGCGGAGAGUGAGAUUGUUCCGGAUUUACUACAACCUUAGUGUUCGAGUAGGCCAGAAGGUGGAGAGGACAAUCCCUGGUUUCAACACUAUAAUGGAAAAAGUCCAGAAAGAUUAUGACGCUCGGAGGAUGAAGCGCAGGGAGGAGGAGAUGAGAGAGGAUGGGUUGAUGCAUAAUUGCGGG